AUGUUAAAGACGACAUGGGAUGAAACCAAUAGAGGAAACUACUAUUGUGGGCCACUUCUUGUAUUAUUGCUAGCUAAUUUGGAGUUUAUGAGAAAUGAUAAGAGUGAAAAAACACAAAUAAAUGCACUACAUUUUUGGGAUUAUGAGAUGAUGGUGAAAAGGGAAAAAGCAGAGUUAAAGAGUGGUGACUUUGGAACUUUGGAAUGGAAUGAUGAUGUUAUAAAGAAUAAUCAAGAAUCCAACACCGAUGAAAAUGAAGAUAUGAAACUCAAUUUUGGAAAGUUAAUUGAGUUUUCAACAACAAAAUUCAAAGAAAGCGAUGAGUUGAAAGAUAUGAAGAAAGUCUUUGAACAAGAAUUCAUUUAUAAAAGUCAAAAUGGAGAUGAAACAAAUGUGAUGAAUGAAGAUGAUGCAAAAAGUGAUCAGAAUGAAGAUAGAGAAACAGAUGAGAAUAAGGUGGAUGGGAAUAAGGGUGAUACAUAUAAAGAUACAAAUGUAGAAACUACACUAGCAAAAAAAAAUCAACCAAUCAUGGUAACACCAUGA